AUGCGCCUCCUCUCCAUCACGGCCCUCACCCGCCUCACCACCACCACCACCACACGUCUCCCCAGCACCACCAUCCCCAUUCAACGCGCCUACCUCUCCACCACCACCACUCUCCUCAACGGCAAAUCCCUACCCCCACGCACGCCCCUCCUCGACACCGACCUCAUCGAAAACUUCCUCAAAGGCUCAGGCCCCGGCGGCCAAAAGAUCAACAAGACGUCUUCUGCUGUCCAACUCAAACACAUACCCACUGGCAUCGUAGUCAAAUACCAGGACACCCGGUCCAGAGAGGUCAACAGGAAGAUGGCGAGGAGGAUACUGCAGGAUAGGAUUGAGGAGAUGGAAUUGGGCGAGGGUGCGCGGACGAGGGUCAAGGCGAGGGAGAAGAGUAAGAAGAAGGCUAGUAGUGCUAAGAAGGCGAGGAGGAAGUAUAGGAAGCUUGCAGAGGGGAAAGAGGGAGAGGAUGGAGAAGAGGAGGGAGUAGAGGGUGUGGGUGUGGGCGUGGGUGGUAGCGAAGAGGGGGCAGAAUUGCGGGGAGAGGAAGAGCUGGUUGAAGGUGGUGAGAGGAGUAAGACGGCGGGUGGGUGA